GCCCCUUCGGGGGCAUUCCUCGACGCGGACAUUGCCUCCUCCUUUCUCUACGAGGGGCCUGGUUGCAUAAAAGGGCCCCGAGUCCUGCCGGUAGACAGAGUGCACCUUAAACCUGCCCGUGGAACAGACGGCCGAUUAUUCAGUCCCUUGAAUACUUGGAUCUCCAAACACAGCCAUGAAAGCAGCGUUCUUCGUCAUCCUAUCGCUGGCGCUCGCAGCAGCAGCCUUCGCUACCAUCGGCGUAGGCCUGAACCUUGGCUAUGGCGUCGCUGCCCCAUAUGGUGGCUAUGGUGGAUACAGACCAUACGGCUACAGGCCCUACGGCUACGGCGGUUAUGGCUACGGCUACAGGCCCUACGGCUACGGCGGCGUCGGUUAUGGCUACAGGCCGUACGGUGUCGCCUACGGCUACCCUGGCUACGUUGUUGGCUAGUGCAAUGGCAACACAGCGCGCACAUUUUUUCAGACGAACACAACUGCUACGUGGAAAGCUGCACCAGCUCCCUCACUGCGGUAAAUAAA